AUGCUCGAGGAGGUUCCGAGAAAGAGGUUCAGAGUUCCUCAAAAAUAUUCAAGACAAACGUUAGGCGCUGUUCCAAGAAACCGUUCGGAACGGCGGCCGCUUGGAGAAGUGCCGCUCGGCUUAUCGCCACCACACCACACCAUGUCGCCGUGUCCGGGCACCUACCUACCGUAUCACGGCGACGCUUUAUCGCGGUUAGGCUGUAAAUACGCUCGGCAGCAGAGCGACGACUCAGUUGGUCGAGCGUAUCUGAAUGUUGGGCUCAUUGCUGGAUGA